AUGUUCCCCAUUCAUUCUAAAGGUGUGGAGCAGGAGCUGACUUUCAGGACCCAGCCAGGACCAAGGAGAUGCAGGGGGUUUAACCUGCGGGUAUUCCGCUGGUCUCAGGCCAUGGUGUUCUUCAUCGAAGAGAUUAACAGAAACGCUGCUCUGCUCCCCAACAUUACCCUGGGCUACAGACUGUAUGACACGUGUGGGCUGGAGGGGCUCUCUCUGAAGACAGCCCUGUCUAUUGCCUCUCAACCUCUGAAGAACAGCAGCAUGGAGAUAUGCUCAGCACCCAGCAUUCCCAUCAUUAUAGGAGACUCUGGGUCCACUCUAUCUAUGGUCAUUUCUAGACUUCUCAAUUUGUUCAAGGUCCCACUGAUGAGUUACUUUGCGUCCUGUGCAUGCCUAAGUAAUAAGCAUGAGUUUCCAUAUUUCUUCCGUACCAUCCCCAGUGAUGUGCACCAGGCAAGAGCUCUGGCCAAGCUAGUCAGGCACUUUGGUUGGACAUGGUUGGGUACACUUGGUGCUGAUGAUGAUUAUGGCCGCACAGGUAUUGACAUGUUCACGGCUGAGGUUAACCGCAUGGGCGUGUGUGUGGCCUAUCGGGUCAUCAUCCCCAAACUACCCUCAUUGCGGCAAGUCCAAGACAUUGUCCAGACAAUCCAGGAGUCCACAGCAAGGGUGCUGGUGGCUUUUGCUAUCGAAGAGGAUAUUGAGCCUGUGGUGCAGGAGGUGAUUCGUCAGAACGUGACAGGGAAACAAUGGGUGGCUAGUGAAGCCUGGGUGACCUCCACCCUUAUCUCCACUGCUGAGAAUUUCCGCUCCUUGGAAGGCACCAUUGGCUUUGCCAUCCGCCGGGCUGAGAUUCCUGGGCUCAAACACUUCCUUGAGAGCCUUCAGCCCUUGGCUGGACCCUACAACCCUUUUGCCAGGGAAUUUUGGGAGACACAGUUCCAAUGCUCUCUGAAUACGAGCCUGCCCUUCUCCUCUCUGGCUGAACCAACACAUUAUAACCGCACUUGUAGUGGGGAGGAGAGCAUUAGGGAUGUUGAGAUAAUCUAUAAUGAUGUAACACAGCUCAGAGUCACCUACAAUAUCCACAAGGCUGUCUACACAGUAGCACAGGCCCUACACAACUUACUCAUGUGCCAAAGUGAGAAACAGACUCAUCCUAAUCACAAGUGUGCAGAUAUCUACAAUCUGCAGCCAGGGCAGAUACUUCAUUACUUGAAGACAGUGAACUAUAGCAACGGUGAUGUUGUCCGCUUUGACGAGAAUGGAGACCCUGCAGGGUCAUAUGACCUAGUGAACUGGCAGAGAGGGCCUGAUGGAAGAACAGUAAAGUACAUCACAGUUGGUCAGUUUGAUUCUUCACUCUCAGAGGAGCUGCAGCUGGAGCUGAACCAGCACAACAUUAUCUGGCAUACAGGGACCCCAGAGGUGCCAGUGUCUGUGUGUUCAGUCAGUUGUAAGCCUGGUUACAGGAAGGCAACUAAAGAAGGCAAUCCUGAGUGCUGCUACAACUGUGUGCCCUGUGCAGAGGGCUCCAUCAGCAACACCACAGAUCAGCCUGAAUGCUUUCCUUGUCCUGAUGGCUUCUGGUCUAACCGCCCUCGCAACAGCUGCAUCCCAAAACACAUUGAGUUCCUCUCAUACUCUGAGGGGUUUGGCAUGGCGCUUGCCACUACUGCCAUCCUUGGUGCUAUCCUCUCGCUGACUGUGGCAGCCAUCUUCCUCCAGUACAGGGACACGCCCUUGGUGCGUGCUAACAAUUCAGAGCUGAGUUUCCUGCUACUGCUGUCAAUCACUCUCUGUUUCCUCUGUACACUGACCUUCCUGGGGCAGCCAACACACUUUGCCUGCCCACUGAGACGCAUCUCUUUUGCUCUGACCUUUGCACUCUGUUUGUCCUGCCUCCUCAGUAAGACACUGGUUGUGCUCAUGGCCUUCAGGACUACACUGCCUGGCAAUAAGAUUGCUUAUUGGUUUCGUCCCCCUCAGCAGCGUCUGGGUGUGUUCCUUUGCUUCGCUUUGCAGGGAGGGAUUUGUGCUGCCUGGCUGGCCACAACUCCACCUUACCCAGUAAAGAACACAUGGUUAUAUUAUGACAGAAUUAUUUUGGAGUGCCAUCUGGGCUCUGUAGCAUUCUUCUGCUGUGUGUUGGUAUAUAUAGGCUGCCUGGCAGCAUUUUGUUUCAUUUUAGCUUUUCUGGCUCGGAAGCUGCCCGAUAAUUUCAAUGAAGCCAAAUUCAUCACAUUCAGCAUGCUCAUUUUCUGUGCAGUGUGGCUCAGCUUUAUCCCAGCUUACGUCAGUUCUCCUGGAAAGUUUACUGUAGUUGUGGAAAUGUUAGCCAUUUUAGCCUCCAGUUUUGGGGUUCUGUUCUGUAUUUUUGCCCCGAAAUGUUAUAUUAUUGUCUGUUUACCUGAGCGGAACACAAAAAAGUACCUCAUGCCUCAAAAAAGAGACAGGUGA